CCGGGCUCCCGCCGCGCCCGCCGUCCCUGGAGUUGGAAGAUGGCGAAGCUGGGCGCGCGGCCCCGCGGCCCCCGGAGCCCCGCGCCGCCGCCGCCGCUGCUGCUGCUGGCCGGGCUGGCGCUGCUGGGCGCGGCGCGGGCGCGGGCGGCGCAGGGCGGCGGCUUCAGCCUGCACCCGCCCUACUUCAACCUGGCCGAGGGCGCCCGCAUCGCCGCCUCGGCCACCUGUGGCGAGGAGGCCCCGGCGCGCGGCGCCCCGCGCCCCACCGAGGACCUCUACUGCAAGUUGGUGGGGGGCCCCGUGGCCGGCGGGGACCCCAACCAGACCAUCCAGGGCCAGUACUGUGACAUCUGCACGGCAGCAAACAGCAACAGGGCACACCCCGCGAGCAACGCCAUUGACGGCACGGAGCGCUGGUGGCAGAGCCCACCGCUGUCCCGUGGCCUGGAGUACAACGAGGUCAACGUCACGCUGGACUUGGGCCAGGUUUUCCACGUGGCCUAUGUGCUCAUCAAGUUUGCCAACUCCCCUCGACCGGACCUCUGGGUGCUGGAGCGCUCCACGGACUUCGGCCUCACCUACCAGCCAUGGCAGUACUUCGCCUCCUCCAAGAGGGACUGCCUGGAGCGGUUCGGACCGCGGACGCUGGAGCGCAUCUCCCGGGACGACGAUGUCAUCUGCAGCACCGAGUACUCGCGGAUUGUGCCCCUGGAGAACGGCGAGAUCGUGGUGUCCCUAGUGAAUGGGCGCCCAGGGGCCAUGAACUUCUCCUACUCGCCGCUGCUGCGUGACUUCACCAAAGCUACCAACAUCCGCCUGCGCUUCCUGCGCACCAACACGCUCCUGGGCCAUCUCAUGGGCAAGGCGCUGCGGGACCCCACGGUCACUCGCCGGUACUAUUACAGCAUCAAGGACAUCAGCGUCGGCGGCCGCUGCGUCUGCCAUGGGCACGCGGAUGUCUGUGACGCCAAGGACCCCGCAGACCCCUUCAGGCUGCAGUGCGCCUGCCAGCACAACACAUGCGGGGGCUCCUGUGACCACUGCUGUCCCGGCUUCAACCAGCAGCCAUGGAGGCCAGCAACCAUGGACAGUGCCAACGAGUGCCAGUCCUGCAACUGCCACGGCCAUGCCCGCGACUGCUACUACGACCCCGAGGUGGACCGGCGCAAUGCCAGCCAGAACCAGGACCACGUCUACCAGGGUGGGGGCGUGUGCAUCGACUGCCAGCAUCACACCACUGGCAUCAACUGUGAGCAGUGUCUGCCCGGCUUCUACCGCUCCCCGGACCACCCCCUGGACUCGCCCCACGCCUGCCGCCGUUGCAACUGCGAGUCAGACUUCACAGAUGGGACGUGCGAGGACCUGACAGGCCGCUGCUACUGCCGCCCCAACUUCACCGGGGCACGAUGCGACGCAUGCGCCGAUGGCUUCACGGGCUUCCCGCACUGCCACCCCGUGUCCUCCUUUUCCAACGACACUGGGGAGCAGGUGCUGCCAGCCGGACAGAUUGUGAACUGUGACUGCAGCGCAGCCGGGACCCAGGGCAACGCCUGCCGGAAGGACCCGCGGGCGGGACGCUGCGUGUGCAAACCCAAUUUCCAGGGCGCCCACUGUGAGCUCUGCGCCCCCGGCUUCUACGGCCCCGGCUGCCAACCGUGCCAGUGUUCCAGCCCCGGAGUGGUGGACGGAACCUGCGACCGAGACUCGGGCCAGUGCACGUGCCGAGCAGGCUUCGAGGGGACCGCGUGUGACCGCUGUGCUCCUGGCUACUUCCACUUCCCCCUCUGCCAGCUGUGUGGCUGCAGCCCCGCAGGAACUCUGCCUGAGGGCUGUGACGAGGCUGGCCGCUGCCCCUGCCGGCCUGAGUUUGACGGGCCCCGAUGUGACCGCUGCCGCCAGGGCCAUCACGGCUACCCUGACUGCCAUGCCUGCGCCUGUGACCCCCGGGGCGCCCUGGACCAGCUCUGUGGCGCCGGUGGGUUGUGCCGCUGCCGCCCCGGCUAUGCAGGUGCCACCUGCCAGGAGUGCAGCCCCGGUUUCCACGGCUUCCCCGACUGUGCCCCCUGCCACUGCUCCGCCGAAGGCUCCCUGCACUCAGCCUGCGACCCCCGGAGCGGUCAGUGCAGCUGCCGCCCCCGAGUGACGGGGCUGCGGUGUGACUCGUGUGAGCCCGGCGCCUACAACUUCCCCCACUGCGAAGCUGGCUCCUGCCACCCCGCCGGCCUGAUCCCGGCCGAUCGCGUCCUUCCUGAGGCCCCCUGUUUGUGCCGGGCUCACGUGGAAGGGCCGAGCUGCGAUCGCUGCAAAGCCGGCUUCUGGGGGCUGAGUCCCAGCAACCCCGAGGGCUGCACCCGCUGCAGCUGUGACCCCAGGGGCACCCUGGGCGGAGCUGCUGAGUGCCAGCCGGGCAACGGCCAGUGCUUCUGCAAGCCCCAUGUGUGCGGCCAGACCUGCUCUGCCUGCAAGGAGGGCUUCUUCGGGCUGGACCAGGCUGACUACUUUGGCUGUCGUGGCUGCCGGUGCGACGUGGGCGGUGCCCUGGGCCAGGGCUGUGAGCUGAGGACUGGCGCCUGCCUGUGCCGCCCCAACACCCAGGGCCCCACCUGCAGCGAGCCGGCUCGGGGCCACUACCUCCCCGACCUGCACCACCUGCGCCUGGAGCUGGAGGAGGCGGCGACGCCCGAGGGCCACGCCGUGCGCUUCGGCUUUAACCCCCUGGAGUUCGAGGGCUUCAGCUGGAGGGGCUAUGCGCAGAUGACACCCAUCCAGCCCAGGAUCGUGGCACGGCUGAAUGUGACCUCCCCUGACCUCUUCCGACUUGUCUUCCGAUACGUGAACCGCGGGCCCACGGGCGUGAGCGGGCGGGUCUCCGUGCGAGACCAGGGCAAGUUUGCCACCUGCACCAACUGCACAGAGCAGAGCCAGCCCGUGGCCUUCCCACCCAGCACGGAGCCCGCCUUCGUCACCGUGCCCCAGAGGGGCUUCGGGGAGCCUUUUGUGCUGAACCCUGGCACCUGGGCCCUGCUGGUGGAAGCCGAAGGGGUGCUCCUGGACUACGUGGUCCUGCUGCCCAGCGCCUACUACGAGGCGGCCCUCCUGCAGCUGCGGGUGACCGAGCCCUGCACGUUCCGGCCCACUGCCCAGCGCUCCGGGGAGAACUGCCUCCUCUACACCCACCUGCCCUUGGACGGCUUCCCUUCGGCCGCUGGGCCCGAGGCCCUGUGUCGCCAUGACAACAGCCUCCCCCGGCCCUGCCCCACGGAGCAGCUCGGGCCCUCGCAUCCGCCGCUGGUUGCUUGCCAGGGCACAGACGUGGAUGUCCAGCUUCAGGUGGCAGUGCCGCAGCCAGGCCGCUACGCCCUGGUGGUGGAGUACGUCAACGAGGACGGCCGCCAGGAGGUGGACGUGGCUGUGCACAGCCCCCAGCAGGCCCUCCAGCGGGGGUCCCUCACCCUCCACCCCUGCCCGUACAGCACCCUGUGCCGGGGCGCUGCCAUGGACGACCAGCGCCACCUGGCGGUCUUCCUCCUGGACACAGAGGCCAGCGUCCGGCUCAUGGCUGAGCAGGCCCGCUUCUUCCUGCACAGCGUCACCCUGGUGCCCGUGGAGACGUUCAGCGCGGAGUUCCUGGAGCCCCGCGUCCACUGCAUCAGCACCCACGGCACCUUCGGCCCCAGCAGCACCGCCUGCCUGCCCUCCCGCUUCCCGAAGCCGCCCCAGCCCAUCGUGCUCAGGGACUGCCAGGUGCUGCCGCUGCCGCCGGGCGUCCCGCUGACCCAGGCGCAGGAGGUCACCCCCGCCGCGCCCCCCUCCGGGCCCCAGCCUCGGCCCCCCACCGCCGUGGACCCUGAGGCCGAGCCCACCCUGCUGCGCCAGCCCCAGGGCGCCGUGGUCUUCGCCACCCACGUGCCCGCGCUGGGCCGCUACGCCUUCCUGUUGCACGGCUACCAGCCGGCGCACCCCGCCUUCGCCGUGGACGUGCUCAUCAGCGGGGGCCGCGUCUGGCAGGGCCACGCCAACGCCAGCUUCUGCCCACACGGCUACGGCUGCCGCACCCUGGUGGUGUGUGAGGGCCAGACUGUCCUGGACGUGACCGACGGCGAGCUCACCGUGACCGUGCGUGUGCCCGAGGGCCGCUGGCUCUGGCUGGACUACGUGCUGGUGGUUCCCGAGGAUGCCUUCAGCGCCAGCUUCCUCCAGGAGGAGCCUCUGGACAAAUCCUACGACUUCAUCAGCCAGUGCGCCAGCCAUGGUUACCACAUCAGCCCCACCAGCUCGUCCUCGUUCUGCCGCAAUGCCGCCACCUCCCUGUCUCUCUUCUACAACAAUGGGGCUCGGCCAUGUGGCUGCCAUGAAGUGGGCUCCACGGGCCCCACGUGUCAGCCCUUUGGGGGUCAGUGUCCCUGCCGUGCCCAUGUCAUCGGCCGUGACUGCUCCCGCUGCGCCACUGGCUACUGGGGCUUCCCCAGCUGCAGGCCCUGUGAGUGCAGCGGCCGUCUCUGUGACGAGCUCACGGGCCAGUGCGUCUGCCCCCCACGCACCAUCCCGCCCGACUGCAUCGUCUGCCAGCCCCAGACCUUCGGCUGCCACCCCUUAGUCGGCUGUGAGGAGUGUAACUGCUCGGGACCCGGUGUCCAGGAGCUCACGGACCCCACCUGUGACGUGGACAGUGGCCAGUGCAGGUGCAGACCCAAUGUGGCCGGACGCCGCUGCGACACCUGUGCCCCCGGGUUCCAUGGCUACCCCAGCUGCCGCUCCUGUGACUGCCACGAGGCUGGCUCUGCGCCUGGGACAUGUGACCCCCUCACGGGCCAGUGCUACUGCAAGGAGAACGUGCAAGGCCCGAGGUGUGACCAGUGCCGCCUUGGGACCUUCUCCCUGGACGCCGCCAACCCCAAAGGCUGCACCCGCUGCUUCUGCUUCGGGGCCACGGAUCGCUGCCAGAGCUCCACCUAUACCCGCCGGGAGUUUGUGGACAUGGAGGGCUGGACGCUGCUGAGCAGUGACCGCCAGGUGGUGCCCCACGAGCUGCAGGCGGAGGCGGCGCUGCUUCGCGCGGACCUGCGGCCCGUGCCCGAGGCCUUCCCCGAGCUGUACUGGCAGGCCCCGCCCUCCUACCUGGGGGACAGGGUGUCGUCCUACGGCGGGACCCUCCGCUACGAACUGCACUCAGAGACGCAGCGGGGGGACGUGUUCAUCCCCGUGGAGAGCAGGCCGGACGUGGUGCUGAAGGGCAACCAGAUGAGCAUCACGUUCCUGGAGCCCGUGUACCCAGCACCCGGGCACGUUCACCGAGGGGCGCUGCAGCUGGUGGAGGGGAACUUCAGGCACGUGGAGACGCACAACCCCGUGUCCCGCGAGGAGCUCAUGAUGGUCUUGGCGGGCCUGGAGCAGCUGCACGUCCGCGCCCUCUUCUCGCAGACCUCCUCGGCCGUCUCCCUGCGCAGGGUGGCGCUGGAGGUGGCCAGCGAGGUGGGCGGGGGGCCUCCGGCCAGCAACGUGGAGCUGUGCAUGUGUCCUGCCAGUUACCGUGGGGACUCGUGCCAGGAAUGUGCCCCUGGCCAUUACCGUGACAUCAAAGGUCUCUUCCUGGGUCGCUGCGUCCCCUGUCAGUGCCACGGCCACUCCGACCGCUGCCUCCCUGGCUCGGGCGUCUGCGUGGGCUGCCAGCACAACACUGAGGGUGACCACUGCGAGCGCUGCCAGGCCGGCUCCGUGCGCAGUGGCACCGAGGACCCCGCAGCCCCCUGCGUCAGCUGCCCCUGCCCCCUGGCCGUGCCUUCCAACAAUUUCGCCGUGGGCUGCGUCCUGCGAGGUGGCCGCACUCAGUGUCUCUGCAAGCCUGGCUAUGCGGGGACCUCCUGCGAGCGGUGUGCGCCCGGCUUCUUUGGGAACCCCCUGGUGCUGGGCAGCUCGUGCCAACCCUGUGACUGCAGCGGCAACGGCGACCCCAACAUGCUCUUCAGCGACUGCGACCCCCUGACGGGCGCCUGCCGGGGCUGCCUGCGCCACACCACCGGGCCCCGCUGCGAGAGCUGCGCCCCCGGCUUCUACGGCAACGCCCUGCUGCCUGGCAACUGCACCCGGUGUGACUGCUCCCCGUGCGGGACGGAGGCCUGUGACCCCCACAGUGGGCAUUGCCUAUGCAAGGCGGGUGUGACCGGACCGCGCUGUGACCGCUGUCAGGAAGGACACUUUGGCUUCGAGGGCUGUGAGGGCUGCCGCCCUUGUGCCUGUGGACCAGCCUCCGAGGACUCCGAGUGCCACCCCCAGAGUGGGCAGUGCCCCUGCCGGCCAGGCACUGGGGGGCUCCAGUGCCGCGAGUGUGCCCCCGGCCAUUGGGGGCUCCCCGAGCAGGGCUGCAGGCGCUGCCAGUGCCGGGGGGGCCACUGUGACCUGCACACGGGCCGCUGCACCUGCCCCCCUGGGCUCAGUGGGGAGCGCUGUGACACCUGCAGCCAUCAGCACCAGGUGCCUGUGCCCGGAGGGCCUGGGGGCCACGGCGGCGUGCACUGCGAAGUGUGUGACCACUGUGUGGUCCUUCUCCUGGACGACCUGGAGCGGGCCGGAGCCCUCCUGCCCGCCAUCCGGGAGCAGCUGCGUGGGGUCAACGCCAGCUCCGCCGCCUGGGCCCGGCUGCACAGCCUGGACGCCUCCAUCGCCCACCUGCAGAGACAGCUCCAGAGCCCCCCGGGCCCCCGCCACGAGACGGCGCAGCAGGUGGAUGCACUGGAACAGCAAACCCAGAGCCUCGGGCAGGACACACAGCGGCUGGAUGGCCAGGCCACAAGGGCCCGAACCCAGGCCAGCCAGCUGCUGGACAGCACCGAGGCCGCUCUGGACAGGGCGCGGACGCUGCUGGCAGCCAUCCAGGCGGUGGACCGCACCUUGAGUGAGCUGGAGUCCCAGACGGGCCGCCUGUCCCCGACCAAUGCCUCAGUCCCAUCAGGCGAGCAGCUGCGCCGGACGCUGGCCGAGGUGGAACGGCUGCUCCAGGAGAUGCGGGCCCGUGACCUGGGGCUCCCACGGGCAGCCGCCGAGGCCGAACUGGGGGAGGCCCAGAGACUGCUGGCCCGUGUGCAGGAGCAGCUGACCAGCCGCUGGGAGAGGAACCAGGCGCUGGUAGCUCGUACCCGAGACGAGCUGGCACGGCACGAGGAUGGCCUCAUGGACCUGCGGGAGGCUCUGAACCGGGCGGUGGGCACCACGCGGGAGGCCGAGGAACUCAACAGCCGCAACCAGGAGCGCCUGGAGGAGGCCCUGCAACGGAAGCAGGAGCUCUCCAGAGACAACGCCACUCUAGGGGCUACUCUGCAGGCCGCCAGAGACACCCUGGCCCUGCUCUCGGAGCUUCUGCUGGGCAUGGACCGGGCCAAGGAGGAGUACGAGCACCUCGCCGCCAGCCUGGAUGGGGCCCGGACGCCGCUGCUGGAGAAGAUGCGGGCCUUCUCCCCGGCGAGCAGCGAGGUGGACCUGGUGGAGGCCGCCGAGGCCCACGCGUGGCAGCUGGACCAGCUGGCGCUCAACCUGUCCAGCAUCAUCCGCGGCGUCAACCAGGAUCGCUUCAUCCAGCGGGCCAUCGAGGCCGCCAACGCCUACAGCAGCAUCCUGCAAGCCGUGCAGGCUGCCGAGGGCGCCGCCAGGCAGGCGCGGCAGCAGGCGAGCCACACGUGGGCGAUGGUGGUGCAGCGGGGCCUGGCGCCCCAAGCCCGGCAGCUCUUGGCCAACAGCAGUGCCCUGGAAGAGGCCGUCCUUGGGGAGCAGCGGAGGCUGGGCCUCGCGCAGGCCACCCUCCAGGGCGCUGGAGCCCCACUGCGUGACGCGCGGGCCAGGAAGGAACAGCUGGCGGCCCGAGUCCAGGAGGUGCAGGCCAUGCUGGCUCUGGACACAGACGAGACAAGCAAGAAGAUCGCGCACGCCAAAGCCGUGGUCGCCGAAGCCCAGGAUACGGCCGCCCGAGUGCAGUCCCGGCUCCAAGACAUGCAGAAGAACGUGGAGCAGUGGCAGGGCCAGUACGCGGGCCUGCAGGGCCAGGACCUGGGCCAGGCGGUGCUGGACGCAGGCCGCUCAGUGUCCACCCUGGAGAAGACGCUGCCGCAGCUGCUGGCCAAGCUGAGCCUCCUGCAGGACCGUGGGGCGCACAAUGCCAGCCUGGCCCUGUCUGCCAGCAUCGGCCGCGUGCGGGAGCUCAUUGCUCAAGCCCGAGGCGCCGCCAGUAAGGUCAAGGUGGCCAUGAAGUUCAACGGGCGCUCGGGGGUGCAGCUGCGCGCCCCGCAGGACCUCGCCGACCUCGCCGCCUACACCUCCCUCAAGUUCUACCUGCAGCACCCGGAGCCGGCGCCCGGCCAGGUCGCAGGGGACCAGUUUGUGCUCUACAUGGGCAGCCGUCAGGCUGCCGGCGACUACAUGGGCGUGGCUCUGCGUGACCAGAAAGUGCACUGGGUGUACCGCCUCGGGGGCGCGGGCCCCGCCACUCUCAGCAUCGACGAGGACAUCGGGGAGCAGUUUGCCGCUGUCAGAAUCGACCGGAUCCUCCAGUUUGGCCACAUGUCUGUCACGGUGGAGAAUCAGAUGGUCCAGGAGACCAAGGGGGACACGGUGGCCCCUGGGGCCGAAGGGCUGCUCAGCCUGCAGCCUGACGACUUCGUCUUCUACGUGGGGGGCUACCCGCGCGGCUUCACGCCCCCCGAGCCCCUGCGCUUCCCCGGCUACCGCGGCUGCGUCGAGCUGGACACACUCAACGAGGAGGUGGUCAGUGUGUACAACUUCGAGAAGACCUUCCAGCUGGACACGGCCGUGGACAAGCCUUGCGCGCGCUCCAAGUCCACCGGGGACCCGUGGCUCACUGAUGGCUCCUACCUGGACGGCUCCGGCUUCGCCCGCAUCAGCGUGGAGGCUCAGAUGCUGCACACCAAGCGCUUCGACCAGGAGCUGCGGCUGGUGUCCUACAGCGGAAUCAUCUUCUUCCUGCGGCACCAGGACCAGUACCUGUGCCUGGCCGUGCGGGAAGGUGUCCUCGUGCUUCUCUACGACUUUGGCGCCGGCCUGAGGGAGGCUGAACCGCUGCAGCCCUCCCAGCCUCUGACCGCCAGCAGCAAGGCGAUCCAGGUGUUCCUGCUGGGGGGCAACCGGAAGCGCGUGCUGGUGCGCGUGGAAAGGGCCACGGUGUUCAGCGUGGAGCAGGAGAACGCGCUCGAGCUGGCCGAUGCCUACUACCUGGGCGGUGUCCCCCCCGACCAGCUACCUCCGAGCCUGCGGCAGCUCUUCCCCUCCGGAGGCUCGAUCCGCGGCUGCAUCAAGGGCAUCAAAGCUCUGGGCAAGUACGUGGACCUCAAGAGGCUGAACACGACCGGCGUCAGCGCCGGCUGCACAGCGGACCUGCUGGUGGGACGGGCCAUGACCUUCCACGGCCAUGGCUUCCUGCCGCUGGUGCUCCCCAGCGACGCCGUGCCCCUCACAGGCGACAUCUACUCGGGCUUGGGCUUCCGCAGCAGCCGGGACAGCGGGCUGCUGUACCACCGCAAGUCUCCGGAUGGGACGUGCGAGGUGGCCCUGCAGGAGGGCCACGUGACACUCCGGCUCCUGAAGACCGAGGUGAAAACACGCGGGGGCUUUGCCGACGGCUCCCCCCAUUAUGUCACUUUCUACAGCAACUCCACAGGGGUCUGGCUCUAUGUGGACGACCAGCUGCAGCAGAUGGAGCCACAUGGGGGGCCCUGGCCGCAGCCCCAGCCCCAGGGCCCCUCUCGGCUCCUCCUGGGAGGCUUGCCCGAUUCCAGCUCCGACUCCAUCGGUAACUUCAGUGGCUGCAUCAGCAACGUUUUCAUGCUGCGGCUCCUGGGGCCGCAGCGCGUGUUUGACCUGCAGCAGAACCUGGGCGGCAUCAACGUGAGCUCGGGCUGCGCCCCGGCCCCUCGGCCCCAGACUGCGGAGCAGGCCCCGCAAGGGCUGCGGGCCAUGGUCUCGCGGAAGGUGGGCCGCGAGCGCAGCGUGUGGCGGAGCCGGGGGCGGGUGGGGAGCGGCCCCCAGGCAUCCCCGCGUGCCCAUCCGGUCCCGCAGGCCUCCCGCCGCAGCAGCCGGCACCCCGCCCAGGACCCUGCCUGCUCACCGCUCCAGUCCCUCAGGACCAGCCGAGACGCCUACCGGUUUGGGGGACCCCUGUCCAGCCACCUGGAGUUUGCAGGCGUCCCGGCGCCCCCUGGGGACUGGUCCCAGCUGUCCAUGCUCGUCCGCCCGCUCGCCCCCCGCGGCCUCCUGCUCCUCGCCGUCCCCCUGACGGCCAGCAGCCCCUCCCUGGCCCUCUUCCUGAGCCAUGGACGCUUCGUCGCUCAGACGGAAGGCCCUGGGCCCCAGCUCCGCGUCCAGAGCCGCCAGCGUGCACGGGCUGGCCGGUGGCAUACGGUGUCUGUGCGCUGGGAGAAGACGCGCAUCCAGCUGGUGACGGACAGAGUUUGGGCCCAGAGCCAGGAGGGGCCGGGCCCGCUGCUCCAGGGGACGGGGGGCCCCCGGCCCUUCACUCUCUUUGUGGGGGGCCUCCCUGCCAGCGGCCGCAGCCCCAAGCUCCCAGCCGCCGGCAGCUCAGGGUUCAACGGUUGUGUGAAGAGACUCAGGUUGGAUGGGCAGCUCCUGGGGGCCCCCACGCGGAUGGUGGGGGUCACGCCCUGCUUCUCGGGCCCUCUGCAGAAGGGCCUCUUCUUCGCAGGCAGCGGGGGCGUCAUCACUCUAGACACUCUGGGGGCCACACUGCCUGACGUGGGCCUGGAGCUGGAGGUGCGGCCCCAGACAGCCACUGGCCUCGUCUUCCACCUGGGCCGGGGCCAGGUGCCCCCCUACCUGCAGCUGCAGGUGUCGAAGAAGCAGGUCCUGCUGCAGGCGGACGACGGUGCAGGCGAGUUCUCUGUGCUGGUGACGCGCCCCAAGGCACUGUGUGACGGGCGGUGGCACCGACUGUCAGUGACCAAAGGCGGGAGCCUGCUCCGGCUGGAGGUGGACCUGCAGAGCAACCACACCCUGGGCCCCGUGCCAGCAGCCUCGGCCAACACCCUGGUGCCUCUGCAUCUGGGCGGCCUGCCUGAACCCACGGAUGCACAGGCCCGGCCCCCAGCCUACGGCGGCUGCAUGCGCAACCUGCGGGUGAACCAGGCCCCGGUCGCCCUGCCUCCCACUGCGGGCGUGCAGGGGGCAGUGGGGGCUGGUGGCUGUCCAGCCACGUAGCACAGCUGCCCCUCUGGGUCCCCAGCCCCAGCCACCACGCGGGGUGGGGGUCUUUAGGACACCCAGAAUUGCAGGGUUCUGCCCCUGGGGUCCCAGCCCCUCUACACACCCUGCCGACAGCACCCCCUCAGCCUGUUCUCUUAGACGAAAUGUGUCUCUCGGCCCCGGGUUCCACGGGUGGGGGGGUCUUAUUUCGGGAGGUGGCUUGAGUUCUGUCUGACUUUCUCAAUGAAAGGGUCAAAUACUGUGA